AUGGAGGGAUUCCUCUGUCACUUGAAUAUCUGGUUUUCUACCAACCUCAGCAUCUUCUAUUUUUUGAAGACAGCGAAUUUUUCCCACUACAUAUUUCUCUGGUUGAAGAGAAGAAUCAAUAGAGUUUUUGCCUUUCUGAUUGGAUGCUUGCUUGUGUCAUGGUUACUUACUUUUCUACAAGUUGUGAAAGUGAUUAGUGGUGAUAAAAUGAACCAUAGAAACACAUCAUAGCUGUUUCACCUACAGAGAAGUGAUUUCUUACUUAAACAGAUUUUUCUCAAUCUGGGAGUCACUCUCUUCUUUACAGUAUUCCUAAUUACCUGUGUCCUAUUGAUCGUUUCCCUGUGGAGACACAAAAGUCAUAUGCCUGAACAAAAAUUCGCAGACCUCAAUACAGAAGCUCAUGUGAAAGCCAUGGGAGUUUUAAUAUCUUUUAUCAUCCUCCUUAUCUUGCAUGUGAUAGGCAUCCUCAUAGAAGCAGUAUGUGGUAGUAAGCCAGAAAACAAACUGCUAUUUACUUUUGGUUUCACAACCACAGCCAUAUAUCCCUGGGGUCACUCCUUUAUCCUAAUUCUAGGAAACAACAAGCUAAAGCAAACUUGCUGGAGGGUACUGCAGCAAUUAAAGUGCUGUGAGAAAGGAAAAAAUCUCAGAGCCUCAGACAGGCUUGCACAGAAACUUCCAUUUUCUACUAUAAAACAAUGUGAUUUUAUUGCACCUAAAAUUAGCACAGAAAAGCAUGAAGGAGAAAUUGAUUAA